GGAAACACAGAGGGGUCUUCUCUCGCCCUGCAUAUAAUUAGCCUGCACACAAAGGGAGCAGCUGAAUGGAGGUUGUCACUCUCUGGAAAAGGAUUUCUGACCGAGCGCUUCCAAUGGACAUUCUCCAGUCUCUCUGGAAAGAUUCUCGCUAAUGGAUUUCCUGCUGCUCGGUCUCUGUCUAUACUGGCUGCUGAGGAGGCCCUCGGGGGUGGUCUUGUGUCUGCUGGGGGCCUGCUUUCAGAUGCUGCCCGCCGCCCCCAGCGGGUGCCCGCAGCUGUGCCGGUGCGAGGGGCGGCUGCUGUACUGCGAGGCGCUCAACCUCACCGAGGCGCCCCACAACCUGUCCGGCCUGCUGGGCUUGUCCCUGCGCUACAACAGCCUCUCGGAGCUGCGCGCCGGCCAGUUCACGGGGUUAAUGCAGCUCACGUGGCUCUAUCUGGAUCACAAUCACAUCUGCUCGGUGCAGGGGGACGCCUUUCAGAAACUGCGCCGAGUUAAGGAACUCACGCUGAGUUCCAACCAGAUCACCCAACUGGCCAACACCACCUUCCGGUCCAUGCCCAACCUGCGCAGCGUGGACCUCUCCUACAACAAGCUGCAGGCGCUCGCGCCGGACCUCUUCCAUGGGCUGCGGAAGCUCACCACGCUGCACAUGCGGGCCAACGCCAUCCAGUUCGUGCCCGUGCGCAUCUUCCAGGACUGCCGCAGCCUCAAGUUUCUCGACAUAGGAUACAAUCAGCUCAAGAGUCUGGCGCGCAACUCUUUCGCCGGCUUGUUCAAGCUCACCGAGCUGCACCUGGAGCACAACGACUUGGUCAAGGUGAACUUCGCCCACUUCCCGCGCCUCAUCUCCCUGCACUCGCUCUGCCUGAGGAGGAACAAGGUGGCCAUUGUGGUCAGCUCGCUGGACUGGGUUUGGAACCUGGAGAAAAUGGACCUGUCAGGCAACGAGAUCGAGUACAUGGAACCUCAUGUGUUUGAGACCGUGCCGCACCUGCAGUCCCUGCAGCUGGACUCCAACCGCCUCACCUACAUCGAGCCCCGCAUCCUCAACUCCUGGAAGUCGCUUACGAGCAUUACCCUGGCCGGGAACCUGUGGGACUGUGGGCGCAACGUGUGUGCCCUGGCGUCCUGGCUCAGCAACUUCCAGGGGCGCUACGACGGCAGCUUGCAGUGCGCCAGCCCCGAGUACGCCCAGGGCGAGGACGUGCUGGACGCCGUGUACGCCUUCCACCUGUGCGAGGAUGGGGCCGAGCCCACCAGCGGCCACCUCCUCUCGGCCGUCACCAACCGCAGUGACCUGGGAGCCCCUGACAGCUCGGCCACCACGCUCGCGGACGGCGGGGAGGGGCAGCACGACGGCACGCCCGAGCCCGUCACCGUGGCUCUCCCAGGCGGCGAGCACGCGGAGAACGCCGUGCAGAUCCACAAAGUGGUCACCGGCACCAUGGCCCUCAUCUUCUCCUUCCUCAUCGUGGUCCUGGUGCUCUACGUGUCCUGGAAGUGUUUCCCAGCCAGUCUCAGGCAGCUCAGACAGUGCUUUGUCACGCAGCGCAGGAAGCAAAAGCAGAAACAGACCAUGCAUCAGAUGGCUGCCAUGUCUGCCCAGGAAUACUAUGUUGAUUACAAACCGAACCACAUUGAGGGAGCCCUGGUGAUCAUCAAUGAGUAUGGCUCCUGCACCUGCCACCAGCAGCCCGCGAGGGAAUGCGAGGUGUGAUUGUCCCAGUGGCUCUCAACCCAUGCGCUACCAAAUACGCCUGGGCAGCCGGGCGGCCGGCCGGCGGGCACCAAGCUGGGGUCCCCUGGUCUGUGCUCUGAUAUGCUCCUUGACUGAAACUGUACGGGGAUCUCUCCCAGAGACCUGACAUUUUAGCUUUAUUGUGUCUUAAAAACAAAAACGAAAUAAAACACAACAAACGAAACCCCACCCCACAACCUUCAGGACAGUCUCUGUUAAAAUUUCAUAUGAGAAAUCCUUCCUCCCUUUGAAGAUCUGCCCAUAUUCAGGAAUCUGAGAGUGUAAAAAAGAUUCCAUACCCUGUCUGCUUUCUCUGAGCAUACCUCUCCCCAGUAGCAUAUACCUUUCUGAUGUUCUGAGAGCUUAAAUAGAGACUUCUGGAAGAAGACAGAAACAGAAUUUUAACUCAAUGCAAUGAUCGUCACUUAUUCCCUCCUAUCAUCAUCAUCAAGAGGGCACGUGUUGCUCUUUGAGCCUCCAACCACUGGCUCCCACUCUGGUCUUGUAUCUGUUACUGUGGGAUAGUAUUCUUGGACUCCACAGACACACAGCCCUCAAUUCCAGCAAAAUCCACACACACGUCCAGUACCAUGCAGCUUGCUGGGCUCCACGUGUUUAUCCAGGGUCACCAAACCCAGAGCAGUGGGAUGAAGGGUGAUGCGAUUGAAAGAAAGGAUCUGCUUUUGUUUUUAUGUUCUACCAAGCCCAGCCUUUUGGAAAAAAAGCAGAAGAAGGAGAAGAAGAAUCGUGCUUCAAGCUGGUGCCCUGCCGAGCUUCCUCCCUCUCUCUCUUGUCCAAGAACUCCACCAUCUGUGCAGACUGCAUAACAGCAAUUUCUGGAAACAAGCUGAAGAAUUUGGGCCAGUCCAGAGGCAGUGGAUUGCUGGUAUCUGGGUGAUGGGGUUUUAGAGAUUUUAUUUGUCACCUUAAUUCUUUUAACUACUGCCAGGUCUUUGAAGCACAUCUGCUACCAACAGCUUCUGUUUGUAAAACGAAACUGAAGGUACCCUCUCCAGAGAAAUUCUUGAAUCUUCUCUGUAGUUCAGUGCUUGCACUAACAGCUUGGCUCACAAAGUACGACUGUGGUAAAUAUUAAAGAAUGUUAAUAAAAAUGAGAUAAAAUACCUAGGGA